AAUUAUUAGUAACAUUAUUGUAAUUGUUAGUAGAAUAUGGUUUAUCAGAUUAUCAAAUCAAGGCUCGAACUAGCUCGAAACUCGGUUCAAACUCGAAGGAUUCUUAUCAAGCCUGGCUCGAUAAGGAUUUUUUAGCUCAAGGUAAGUUCGAGCUCAAGUUCAAACUCGGGAAAAAUUAACCAAAUCAAACCGAGCUCAUUAAAAUUCAGCUCGGUUCGGCUCGUGUCCACCCCUAGUAACAUAACUCGGUGGUUAUGGUUAUUACCAGUAAGAAAAGAAAAGGGAUAAUAUAGAAAAGAAAAGAUGCUCCUACAUUGCUGGCUGCUGCAACUUGCCUUCUUUGCUGGAAAAUUAAAACCUUUAUACCCUCUCUAAAAACAUACUACUACUUAAAUUAACACACAAAAUCAUCACCAUUUUGUCAUCUUUCUUCUCCAUCUUCUACUGUAUUAAACAAUUACACUUAUACCAAUCACCGAAUUUCAAUUCACCCCUCUUUUAAUUUAAUUACUAAAAACCCACCUUCAUAACCCUCUAAUCUCCCCCCUUUCAGCAUUUCCCUCCUCCACUGAAAUAUGAUUUCACCGGCAGCCACCCUUAUUUUCUCUCUCCUGGCCUUCCUCUUUUUCUCAGCCUCCUCCUCAGCCGCCGCAGUAAAAGUUUCCUCCCACACCUUUGGUUUCCCCUUUAACCAAACAUACUAUGAUACCUUCGAAGUCCAAUCUCCGGCCAUGAUUAGCAACGGCGCUCUACAAGUCACCCCUGACUCCGCCGGCAAUUUCUCCUUAACUAACCGCUCCGGCCGUGUUCUCUUCAAACAACCUUUCCAUUUAUGGGAAUCGCAAGGCCAAAACAAUAACCGUGUUGCCUCAUUCAACACAACUUUCCUCAUCAAUAUCUUCCGCGUCAACAACACUGACGGCACCCCCUUUACUAGCCCUGGCGAAGGUGUCGCCUUCAUCAUAGCCCCUGACCUCGCCGUCCCUCCUUCCAGCUCCGCCGAGUUUCUCGGUUUAACCAAUGCCUCCUCCGACGGAAACGCUAGCAAUAGGCUCUUCGCCGUCGAGUUUGACACCGUCCAGAACGGCCCUUACGACCCCGAUAACAACCAUAUUGGACUCGACAUCAAUUCCAUCAGAUCUAACCACACAGUUUCUCUCUCCGAUUUUAACAUCACCCUAGCUCCACUCGGGACAGUGUUUCACAAGGUGUGGAUAUUUUACGACGGAGGGGAGAGAAAAUCGCUCACGGUUUACAUGACCGACCUGCACGACCAGCAAGCGGUAGCGCGUAUGCCUGAAACGCCGGUCAUGAACGUCUCCGGCAUCGAUCUGAGUGAGAUUGUCAACCCGGUAUCUUACUUCGGGUUUUCCGCGUCAACUGGAGACGACAUCGCUGAGCUGCACUGCGUUCUGAGCUGGAAUAUUACCGUUGAAAUGAUCAAAGAUCCCGGCGUCGGAAAAUUAACUAUCAUCCUGGCCGUGGUGAUUCCGGUGAUGGGAAUACUAUUACUAUGCGCCGGAAUAGGAGUGUAUUUUUGGAAUAAAAGGUCGCGAAGAUCGAUGUCGGACCCCAACAUACUGGGAGCUUUGAAAAGCUUGCCGGGUAUGCCGAGGGAGUUCGAUUUCAAGGAAUUGAAAAAAGCGACGGGUAAUUUCGACGAGAAAAAUAAGUUGGGACAAGGUGGUUAUGGGACGGUGUAUAAAGGGUUGUUGCCGGUGGAAACUGUAGAUGAAGUUGCGGUGAAGAAGUUUUCGAGGGAUGAGAUUAAGAGCAAGGAUGAUUUCUUGGCUGAGCUUACUAUUAUUAAUAGGUUGCGCCACCGAAAUCUCGUCAAAUUACUUGGAUGGUGCCACCAAAAUGGGACACUCCUCCUAGUGUACGAAUACAUGCCCAACGGCAGUCUAGACAAGCACAUAUUCUGCGCAGAUGACAAGAAGCCCUUGAGUUGGGAACUCCGGUUUAAGGCUCUGAAGGGGGUAGCCUCUGCUCUUCAUUACCUCCACAAUGAGUAUGAUGAUAAGGUGAUACAUCGGGACCUUAAGGCAAGCAAUGUGAUGCUGGAUACCCACUUCAAUGCCCGUCUUGGUGAUUUUGGGUUAGCUCGUGCAUUAGACCAUGAAAAAACCUCAUAUGCGGAGAUGGAGGAAGGUGUGCAUGGCACAAUGGGGUACAUUGCUCCUGAAUGCUUCCACACAGGCAAGGCCACGAGGGAGUCUGAUAUCUUCGGCCUUGGGGCAGUCCUUCUUGAGGUGGCUUGUGGGUUACGCCCUUGGACAAAGAAGGGCGGAUAUCAGUGUACAGUUGACUGGGUAUGGUCAAUGCACAGAGAUGGAAACAUACUUGGAGCAAUUGAUGAGAGGUUGGGAAAGGAGUAUGUAGCUGAGGAAGCAGAAAGGGUUUUGCUGCUAGGUUUGGCAUGUUCUCACCCGAUGGCUGCUGAGAGACCUAAGACACAAGUGAUCAAGCAGAUACUGUCAGGGACAGUGCCUGUGCCUUUAGUCCCGCCUUUCAAGCCAUCUUUCGUGUGGCCAGCAAUGGGACCUAUGGACGGCACCACCUCAGGCACAACAGCCGAGACCACUAUCACAUCAUCACAAUACGAUUUAUCCAGUUGGACUCCCUGUUCUGUAAGUCCACACAGUGGUAGUGGAUUCUCCUUUGCAUGACAGGAAUAUCGGAUCAGUUAACAGCAGCAACAAGUGUAAGGCAUUCCUGCUGUCCUGCUGUCUUUUUUUUCCCUUCUUCCUCGUAACUUUUCUGUCCUUUUAUAUGAAAAGUUUUGCUUAGAAUUAUAGUUCAAGUCUUUAGCACUUGUAAUUUGUGUCCUAUUUUUUAUUUUUAUUUUACUUUCCACUUAAUUUGUACAUGGGAAAGGGGAUGGAUGACCUCUGUAAAUCAUAGUUUGAUUGUUUCUUUAGUUGUACGGAGUACUUGUAUUCCUGUGUGUUGGACUGUUAUGUGUAGGCAGUUAUUUACCAGGCCGAUUAACGAUGUUUUUGAAGAAAGUUGAUUAUUUCAUACCAA